CGGGCGAGUGGUCGACGCGGCCGCUCUCGAUCCGAGCCGAGCCACAGCAGUACAGACUCAUUCGCACUUUGGACUCUGCACAAAUCACACCACCCCGCUUAUUUUUCUCCAAUUGAUUCACUUGAAGAGCGACCACCGGAAAUCCUAAAUAAUUUUCUCAGCAUUCACUUCAAAGCAGGUGCUUCGUGAUGGGGAUGAUCAGCAGGGUGCGAGCCCGCUUGCAGAAUGUGAGCGCCCUCAGCUCAUUUAACGGCAAAGAAGACCCGCGACUUCGCGACGAACGGACUGCGCAUAGUGUCUGCUUGCUCUCCGUAAUUUUACUGCUGCCCUAUCUGGUGAGGAACCAUGCUUCCUCCCUGUUGGUCAGCACAGCGACCAAUUUGGUUUAUUCGGGUUUGGUGCUGCCGAUUGUGGUUUCAGCUCACUACAAAUAUCCUUUGAGCGGCCUUGGAUCCAUUUCAUCAGCCAUCAAAGAAUGUUGUGUGGCGGUGACCAGUCCGUUGUACUACAUCGCAAGAGGCAUGUACCGUCCAAUCGACCGCGCAGAGCAAGCAUACAUUAAAAUGACCAACAUCGCGGUUUUAAUGAGCCAGAUUCUAUUCUUCAUGCUGUGCGACCGUGUGCUGGUGGAAAAUCAGCAUGUGACCGCGCUCUACUCGGUGAUGUUCUAUAACGUAAUUGCCUAUUGCAUCUCCUACCUGCGAGAGCUGAUUGAAAAAGAAGACUGGUCCCCUUGGAUCAACAUCACAAAGACGUCCAACAUUCGACACCUAGCCAUGUCCACGACCAAGAUCCUGCUCGAGUGGACCAAGGCGGUCACUUUUAUCAUCACCGUCGUCUUCAUGCUGCUGUUGUUAGGGCUCGGACAAGGACUGGAACACUACAAGCCCACUGCUGUCUACACCAUUAUUACCUGGAUCUAUUACAUGGCCACCGAAAAAGCGUUCGUUGACAUGUUUCCCUCUUUCCUUCUGCGGAUGCAGUUUGAGUGUCUUGACUCGUUGGAGUUGCUCUACGCUCCUGUCAUUCUAAAAGCAAUCGCCGCCUCUAUGUCGUUCAUCAUGGCUGUGCCGCUUCUCAUUCAUGGACACUACAAACUCUUCGUCAUAACCAUGUACUUCAACGUUUACCUCAGAUGCAGAGAGAUGUCCGAAAAUGGACUCAGAACGCUUCUUAAAGAGCGGAAGGUGCUCAAGAGGUUCAGGUCCGCAACAAAGGAAGAAAUGGACGAUUGGGCUGACGACGUGUGCGCAAUUUGCCUGUGCCCAAUGACCAAGGCCAGGAUCACACCAUGCCACCACAUUUUCCACGGUGACUGUUUGAGGAUGUGUCUCAAGUACUCGGACAACUGUGCCAUUUGCAAGAAGGAAAUCAGAUUCGACUAGUCUUUGUCAGCCAGCUGCGAUCCCUCACUUCUGUCUCCACAUCAGACAUCGACUCUCUGCAUUUAUUAUUCCGCAGGUGUAAAUACAAUCAUUGCUUAUAUGUUCCCAACGAAAUGAGUAUUAUAUUUUUGUGUAUCUGCACUAAUGAAGCAUCAAUGCUUUAAUUAGGCUAGAUUUGUGAUUGAUUUCUUGUGAUUUCUCACUAUUACAUUAAGCCCAAGUGGAUUUUUUGGAUAGAAUAAAAUGGUUUGAAUCCUUUUCGUACAUAA